GUUCCUUAUAUAAUGUGCAAUCUGUAUCUAUUUCUCCCUUCAUUUCAGGUGGUUCUGAUGAGCGGUAUCAGUAAAGAUGCCUUGGAGGAACUAUCUUCUGAUAAAAUUUCUGAUGACCGUAUACCACAUUUAAAUAACAUCUUGAGGUUUGCCAUUCUCAGACAAGACCGUUCCUUUAUGGCAAUUGGAGGCCCUUGGGAUGUUCUUGACGGUGAGGACCCAUCGGUUGAUGAGUCAUCCUUGAUUCAGACGGCUCUUAGAUGUGCAAAGGGAUUAACCCAACUUGAUUUACAUAACUGUCAUCGUUGGAAUCGUUUCCUUGAGAUACACUAUGAUAGAGUUGGCAAGGAUGGGCUGUUUAACCAUAAAGAGGUUACUGUAUUGUUUGUUCCUGAUCUAUCUGACUGCCUACCUUCCUUGGAAGAGUGGAGAGACCAAUGGAUGGCACACAAGAAGUCCGUAGCUGAGAGAGAGCGUCAGCUUGCUAUGAAAAAGGAGAAGGUCAAGAAGGCCAUUGCUGAGAAAGAGCGUCAGCUUGCUUUGCAAACAGAGAAAUAUGGUGAGAAGAAAGAAGCAGUUAAAGGGGAUCGAAGUCACAGUAAACCAGAUAAGAGCACUGAUUCCAACAAAAAUGCAAAUGCUGAAGGUAGUUUAGAAAAGGAGGGUAAAGAUAAAGCAUUACAUAUUGCACCCUCCGAAAAAGCAGUUGAUGUAAACAAAAUCGAAGAGGAUGCUGGUGAUGAAAUUGAAGAAAAUGCCACUGGGAGAGAAAUUGCAGGUGGCAAAAAACUUGAAGGAAAAGAUGGAGAAGCCAGUGGGGAAUGCAAGCAUGUUGAGGAGGAACAAGACAAAGGUUCUGUUGCCGAAGCAACCGAGGUUCAGAAACCUGGGAAGAAGAAAGUUAUGAGAAAGGUUGUCAAACCAAAGGCUGCUGAUAAGAAAGCUGGCAUGGAGGAUACAGUCAGCAAACAUAAUGAGAAGUUGGACGAGACAGAUUUUGGAGACAAGCAAGUUAAACCAGAAAACAGUGUUCAACAGGAUGAGACUUCUACUGAUCCCUCUGGCGUUAAAACUUUUACUAGAAAGAAAAUUAUAAAAAAAGUUACUGUUGGGAAGACCUCUCAGAGCGGAAACAAAGGUGGAACUUCUGGUGACCCCGAAGCUGAGGUAAAAGCUGAGAAAGAAGUGGACUGUCAAGAAGAUAAUGCAAAGGGUAAGGUAGAUCCUAAUGAUCCUUCCGCUGUGCAGGAAACUGGUGUGAAAACAGUUGUAAAAAGGAAAAUCAUUAAGAGGGUGCCUAAACGGAAGGCUACCAGCACUGGAGACAAGGGUGGUGAUGGGGAAAGCAAGAAAGAUGGAGAUAAGGAUGAAAAUAAAAUGAUCAAUAGAGGAAAUGAAACAGAGAAUGUGACUGAAUUAGUUUCAAAUAAAGACAAGCAGAUGGCUGAAGUAAACAAAUCAGAGAAGAAAAAGAGUCCCAAAAUAGUGACAAGUAAGAAGUCUCUAGAAGUGCGAGGUGAUGGUGUUGCAAAUUCUGGUGAGAGAGAAAUCAGGCCAGAAAAAGAGGGUAAAAAGGAGGACAGUGAAGUAGAUAAUAAGAAGCCUGGAGCUAAAGUGGCGGCUGGGGUCUCAAAGGAAAAGGUACCUAGUAAGGAUAGUCAUGAUGGCGAGAAGGAAAGGGCAAAAAAUGACAAGGAGAAAAGAAACAAAGAUGAAUCCAGGAGCAAGACAAGUAAAGAUUUGAAAGAAAAGGAAAAUCCUGAGGAACCUCCCCAGCAUCCUGGCAUGUUUCUAAAAACAAAAUGGAAUGAAGAGCCUAAGCUUCGAUCAUUGUCGCUUUCAUUGGACUCACUCUUGGAUUACAGUGACAAAGAUAUUGAAGAAUCAACUUUUGAGCUUUCAUUAUUUGCGGAGUCACUUUAUGAAAUGCUUCAGUACCAAAUGGGUUGUCGUCUUUUGGAUUUUCUUCAGAAACUGCGACAAAGAUUUGUGAAGAAAAUAAAUCAACGAAAAAGAUCACGUGAUGACAACCCUGAGAAAGAAAAUGCCAAGGAGAAGUCUUUGAGGAAGCAGUCUAAGACAACUGGUGAACCUUCUGUGGAGAAUGAAUCUGCAAAAGCUGAAGAGCCAGAUGCUCCUAAUCCAGAUGGUGAAGAAACAAUGGCCAUGGAAAGGGAUGCUACUGCAGAUGUGGCUGAGGACUCCAAGGUGGAGAAUGAAACAGAUGAUGAAGUAGAAGAAGAUCCAGAAGAAGAUGUGGAUGAAGAUGAGGAAAUGAAGGAUGCUAGCCACCAGGAUAACUCACCUACAGAGUCUGUUCUGCAGGCUGGUGAUGCAGAGAGGAUAGUUGAUGCAGAGGCUGAACCCAAGGAAUCAAGUGAUGUCAAGGAUGAAGUGGUGUGUGUAGAGGAACAGAAGACGGGGGAGAAAACUGUUGAGACAGAGGUUAGGUCUGAUAAGGAAAAAACAGAAAAAGAUAAAGAUGCAGGGAUGGAGACAGAUAAGAAUGCAAAUCCAGUUGUCCAUAAAGAAUUGUUGCAGGCUUUCAGAUUUUUUGAUCGAAAUCGGGUGGGCUAUCUCAAGGUUGAGGAUCUGAGGUUGGUUUUUCAUAACUUGGGAAAGUUCCUUUCCCACAGGGAUGUAAAGGAACUUGUGCAGAGUGCACUUUUAGAGAGCAACACAGCGAGGGAUAAUCGCAUACUUUACAAUAAGUUGGCAAGUCUGUGGCUAAGAGGAUAAAGAUUCUUAUAUAUUUUCACUGUCAGCCCCCUACCUGCUCAAGGCCUGACUGGAGAAGAAGAGAUUCUUCAUUUAUACUGGAUAUAUAAAUUUUGUUUUCUCCCCUUAAAUUAUUAUUUAAUGCUCUCAUAUCUUUGUACUCUUUGAUUUGCACAAAAAUCAGUUUUAUUUGUCUUGGUCAGUAAUUGAAGUUUCAGCCAUUGUAUUGUAUGUUGCUUGCAAUUUAUCGAGCUUCAUGCCUUAAUCCAUCUGUUUUACAUUUUC